UUAAUGGCACUGCACGCGAUCCCCGGAAACUACCACGCAUUUGGCUUUCCGGCCCGGUCGUCUCUCAGUCCAAUUCAGACUCAUUGGGCACCAUGGAGGAGCCUGAGAUGCAGCUGAAAGUAAAGAAAGUAACAGACAAGUUUACAGAGAGCAUGUACGUCUUGGCCAAUGAACCCUCUGUGGCUUUGUAUCGACUUCAGGAGCAUGUCAGACGGUCCCUCCCGGAACUGGCCCAGCAUAAGGCUGACAUGCAGAGCUGGGAGGAGCAGAGCCAAGGAGCCAUCUACACGGUGGAGUAUGCCUGCAGCGCCAUCAAGAACAUGAAGGACAGCUGCGUUUAUUUCAAAAGCAUUGACGGGUUACUCCGGAGUGCCAUUGCUGUAAAAGAGCAACUGAAUUCCAGCCGGAGGUAGUCCAGACAGAAAGCUGCAGGGAAGUCUCUUGAACCACCCACCUCCCAUGUACAGGAGCCCCCUUCAGUCGGUGCAAGAGGAGCAGCUGUGCCACUGUUGUAAACAUUCUGUUUUUGUUUCGCUAAAUUAUUAAACAUUUGAAAGAACUGA